AUAGUAUAGUCUUAUAAACUGGGGCAAGGGGGACAGAUGUCCUUGGGCCUACGAUUCCCAUUACAGUAGUUCAUCUAUUGGAAUAACUAGGCGUAGCAGCGAGGGGCCACCUGUUUCCCAUACCAGUUUAUGUUUACUCAGAAAGAAAACAUUCAGGUUAAUGAGUAUAGAAGAGCAGCCUCGUAGCCCACAAACAAUGCGCGGGAUCUGGGAUGGUGUUAAUGCUCCUAAUCCUAAUUCGUGCCCCUAAAAUGCUGCUUUAGAAGUGAAAAGAAAACUCUGGAAAUCAGCCUACAUAUAGGUGUAUAGUAUGUAGAUCGGUCCAGAGUCACUCCGGUAAGAAAGGCGAGGUAUGCCAUCGGACCUCCGUCCUUAGCAGCACCUUGCACGGCAUUGUGCCAAAGCGUUCAGCCUCGUGGUCCCACACAUAAUCGCGUUUCGGUUCGAGAUGGCGAGCAAAAGGGAACGAUCAGGCGGAACGGAGCCCUGCUGGUUCUUUUCUCUGGCCGGUUCCUAGAGGGUUGGCGCCCAACGCCCGGCUGGCGAUUUCCUGGAAGCGAACGGAUCACGCCCAACACGGAUCGCAGGCCUGUCACGCUCUACUCUUCGCAGUGAACUGGGCGGGGGUGUUCGCCCGACGGGGCGGGGCCCUGGCAACGGCCCGCCUCCCAUGGAGGCGCAGGCGUGGUGGGUUUGCCGGAACCAGCCAGCUGUCGCGUGAGGCCGUCGGAGGGAAUCUGCCGGCCGAGGGCCGUAGCCAUGAGACGACGGAGGGGAGAAGCCCCUAAACUCUGACCUCGGGCCCAGGGUGAAGGAGGGAUGCUCAAAGGCCGGACCGGAGUCCCCCUGACGAAGGAGCUCUUUAGCGUUCAGCAGGAACGAGGCGCCCUUCUCCCGCACAGGCAAAGUGUUGUUGCACGGCUCGGUGCCCUCUGCUCCCCGUUCGCCCGCCGUUGCCUAGGUGACUGGAAGCGCGCGGGGUUCCUGGUCCGGGGAGCUGGCGGCGCGCGCCGGCACUCUCCCGCUUUCCCCGCGAAGGACGGCGCGAAACCGGCCGCCUCGCGCAGCCGCGUGCCAUGUCUCGAGAGCCUCCGGCCGCUUGGGUCGGGCGCCCGUUCCCUCAGCCGCGACGUGGGCCGUCGCCGGGCGGUCGAAGAGCGAGAUGUGAAUAUUUCUGUCUCAUCUCCACAGUUUGAAAACAGCAAAGGUAGCUUUUCUUUAUCCGGAAGCAGAAAGCUUUACUUUGAUACCCAUGCCUUUGUGUGCCUCCUGGAGAAAAAUGGAUUCACAACUCAGCAAGCUGAGGUCAUUGUGUCAGCUUUAAUGAACAUUAUGAAAAGCAACAUGGAUGUGAUAUACAAGGAUAUGGUCACAAAAAUGCAACAGGAAAUUGCUCUGCAACAGAUAAUGUCUCAUAUUGGUGUUGUGAAGAAAGAUAUGAUUAUUUUGGAGAAAAGUGAAUUUUCAGCGCUCCGAGCAGUAAAUGAGAAAUUAAAACUUGAACUUCAACAGCUAAAAAAGCAAGUAAUGGAUGAAACUUCCAAAGUUCGUACAGACAGCAAGUUAGAUUUCAAUCUUGAAAAAAGCAGAGUAAAAGAAUUGUAUUCACUUAAUGAAAGAAAACUGUUGAAAAUGAGAACAGAAAUAGUGGAAUUGCAUGCACAACAAGAUCGAGCUUUAACACAGACAGAUAGAAAAAUUGACACUGAAGUUGCAGGUCUGAAAACAAUGCUUGAAUCGCACAAGCUUGACAACAUUAAAUAUUUAGCAGGUUCAGUAUUUACAUGCCUCACGGUAGCACUUGGAUUUUAUCGUUUAUGGAUAUAAUAAAACAUUCGUUUUUCAACGGCCUGUAUAUUUUCCCCAGAGAAUAGCAAAAAUGCAUCGUCACCUAUCUGAAGUAAUGCAGUCUUUACUUCAGACAGUCACUGCCUUUUUAUUUAUUUGUUAAACUACAGAAUGUAACCAAAGAAUGUGCCUGAAAUAGAAUGUAAAUAUCAAAAUAUUGAUACACUUGGUCCAAAUAUCCAGCAACUGUUUUGCAAUCUUGCCCAUCCUCGCAAACUUUUACAUGUCUCUCAGCUGUUGUUAUGAUAGUGUUUACCAGAAAACACCAAAUUUACCUUGUAGAUGAGAAUCUACUGAGUUACUGUAUGCCAAAUUCUAAGAACAAAAUUCAUCACUCAGGUGGAAGAGGGGGAAAUCUAUCUGACCCAGUUUCUUUGGAAUGAAACACUUUUAAAUAACAACUUGUUUUCUUUCUUUUGGUAAAACUUAACUGUGUUGUGUAUUAUCAGAUGAGUUGCAUUCAUUGUGAUCUGCUUUUAUGGAUUUCCAUCCAAUUAAUAACGUGCAAGUGUUGUAGAAGAUCAUAUUGUACAACAGAUGCCAAAUGAAUAAUAGAUUUUUAAAAACCCUACAUCCUGGCUGUUAACAUAAUAAUGAAGAAAACAAAGCUGCUUGGGUUAUUUUAGCUUUAUCUAUGGGCAGUGAGUGCUUCUUUUCAUACAGACAUUAAAACUUGUCUUCAAUAAUGCAGUUCACUUCUCUGAAAAACUGAAGAAAAUAAAGUUCUUGCAGAGAAAAUGAAGAGGCAGACAAUAUAAUUCUGUAUAAUUCUGCUCAACAUAAACUAGGCUUACUCUGGGGUAAGUAGAUAUAAGAUUACAGCCUAAACUAAAGUUAGUUGAACAAUAAGAUGAACUCCAGCAGUAUGAAAAUAGUGUAGGAUAUUUUAUUUGAGAACAUGGCUUGAAAUGUUUGGAAACAUUUACUAGCGACAACUGUCUUGAAAUGUCAAUACUAAGAAAUAUCAGUUAAUGCAAGUUUUAAAUUGAUGGAUUUAACUCUUGUUGACCAAACAUUUCUGAAUGAAAGUUGGCAGUAAGAUCAGAGAUUGCAGUUAAACUAGAAUACAGUUGACAAAUACUUAAUGCUUUUGGACUUAUGCAAAGACAUUGGAUCAAUGGUGUUUCAUUCAUUAUUGUAUUUGCCCUGCCUCAAUAAGGACAGUAACUUGUGGGAUUUUCUGCCUUGUAUGGAAGUAACCUGAUUAUUAUGCACCUGAACUUGAAGAGAGGGGGUUACUGUCAGCUAUCAUCCCUCUUUCAGAGACUGAAAUCUUUGCAACCUGGAAUCUUCAGAAAGAAUUUAGGUGCAAUACAUUUAUUUUAAUAUAGUUUUUCACAUAAAAGUUUGGCUAUUUUAGAAAA